AUGGGUAUUCCAAAGUUUUUUAGAUUCAUCUCAGAGAGAUGGCCAUUGAUUUCGCAGUUGAUAGAUGAGAAUCAGAUUCCGGAGUUUGAUAACUUAUACCUUGAUAUGAACUCGAUAUUGCAUACAUGUACGCACUCAAAUGAUGGAUCGCUAUCAAGAUUAAGCGACGACCAAAUGUAUGCAGCAAUCUUCAACUACAUUGACCACUUGUUUUCAAUAAUCAAGCCAAAACAGACAUUCUAUAUGGCGAUUGAUGGUGUUGCACCAAGAGCCAAGAUGAAUCAACAAAGGGCUAGACGAUUUCGUACCGCUUAUGAGGCCGAAGAAAAUUUGAAAAAAGCUAUAGAGAAUGGCGAGGAUAUCCCCAAAGAAGAUCCCUUUGACUCAAACUCCAUUACACCAGGCACAGAGUUUAUGGCCAAGUUGACUGAUAACUUGAAAUACUUUAUACACAAGAAAAUCACUGAGGACUCACGAUGGGCCAAUGUCGAAAUCAUUUUGAGUGGCCAUGAAGUGCCCGGUGAAGGUGAGCACAAGAUCAUGGAAUACAUCAGAGCAGUGCGUGCACAACCUGAAUAUGAUCCAAAUUUGAGGCAUUGUAUCUAUGGUUUAGAUGCAGACUUGAUCAUGUUGGGUUUGGUGAGUCACGAUCCGCAUUUUGCAUUGUUGAGAGAAGAAGUGACUUUUGGCCCUAGAAGAGGCAACUCGUCGGGACCAAAAGACGUCACCGAGCAGAAGUUUUAUUUGUUGCAUCUUUCAGUAUUGCGAGAAUAUCUUGAACUAGAAUUUAAAGAGAUUGAAGAACAAAUCUCUUUUGAGUUUGACUUUGAGCGCAUUCUCGACGAUUUUAUCCUUAUUAUGUAUGUCAUUGGAAAUGAUUUUUUGCCACAUUUACCAGAUUUGCAUUUGAAUAAAGGUGCCUUUCCACUUUUGUUGUCGACAUUCAAGCAAACGUUGCUUCAAUCAGAUGGUUACAUCAAUGAAGAUGGUAAGAUUAAUUUGAAGAGGUUGAAUAUUUGGGUCCACCAUUUGUCGGAAUUUGAGUUUGAGAAUUUCGAGGAGAAGGAAGUGGAUAUCGAGUGGUUCAACAAAAAAUUGGAUGACGUUUCCAUAUCGGGUGAGAAAAAGAGAAAAAAAAUUGGGAAAAUGUUAAUCCUUAAGGAGCAAAAAAAAUUAGUUGGUUAUAUCAAACCAUGGCUCAUGGAAGUUUCUAGCCAACCUGUAAGCACCCUUAUUGAUUGGGCAAAUGAGGAUAAAUUACCACUGUUACCAUUAAGAAAAGAAGAUGUGGAAAAUAACUUGGACUUUUUGAAGGAAUUUGCGUUGCACGCAGGCUUCUUGAUUGUCCAUUCAAAAUCCGAGGAUAACUAUACUGCGAAAUUUGAUGUUGAUGGUUUACCUUCUUUUGAGACUCGGGAUGACUUUGAAGAACGUAUUAAUGAACUAAGACGUACUGUGAAGCAGUAUCAAGCUGCAAACUUGGUUGAAAGCGAAAGUUAUUUGAAUGAAACAAAGGAAGUAUAUCAAACCAAAUUCAAAAAUUGGAAAAAUGAUUACUACAAGGAAAAAUUGCAUUUUUCAAUAGACGAUAAGGAAGAUUUACUUAAAAUCACCGAGCAUUAUGUUGAAGGUUUGCAAUGGGUUUUGUAUUAUUACUACCGUGGUUGUCCUUCUUGGAAUUUUUACUACAGGUAUCACUAUGCUCCAAGAAUCUCCGAUAUUUCACUCGGUCUUGAAGCUUUAAUUGAAAAAGGUGAAGACUUGAAAUUUGAGCAGUCGCAUCCAUUCAAGCCAUUUGAGCAACUUAUGGCUGUGCUUCCCGCUAGAUCAAGAAAAUUGAUGCCUGCAGUUUACAGACCAUUGAUGAUUGAUGAGAAAUCACCCAUUAUUCAGUUUUACCCACAUGAAGUUGAUGUUGAUAUGAAUGGGAAAACUGCAACUUGGGAAGCAGUUGUUUUGUUGGAUUUUGUUGACGAGAAAAAACUUAUUGCAGCUUUGAAGCCAAUUGAGGAAAAACUUACUCCUGAGGAGAAGAAGCGAAACUCGUGUGGCUUCCCGGUCAAAUUUAUUCACAACCCACAGAUUGAUCGUGUAUUUUCCUCACCAUUACCUGGGUUUUUCCAUGACAUUGAACACGACAAGUGUUAUGAAGAGAAAUUUGAUUUGCCAGAGGUUAAAGAGUACAAAAUUGGACAUAUUGAAGGUGCCCGUUCAGGAACUGAUUUACUGGCAGGUUUUCCAACGUUGCAAACUAUUCCUUUCACGUUUGAAUUGGCUCAAAAUGAAGUAAAGGUUUUCAAUUUCUCAUCACGGUCAGAGUCAAUGAUUCUCAACAUUGAAAACGUGUGGGCCGAUAUCUCGGUUGAACAAUUUGCUCAGAGAUUUGUUGGUAGAUUAGUCUACAGUAGUUGGCCAUUCUUAAGAGAGUGUAAGGUGGUCAAGGUUGUUGAUGGAACAAACAAAUUUGAAUCAGUUAAAUCACCAAAUGGUAAAAAACUGGUUGUUACCAACGAACUUGAUUUGGGUGAGAAGAGAGCUCACAAUUCUGAAUGCAACAAUCUUACCUUUGUUUGGGACAAGACCAAAGCUGUUAGACUCGGGAAUGUUGAGGUUUUGGUUCAUGUGCAACCAGUUAAUGGUCUCAUUAGAAAUUCCAAAGGUGCUUAUGUCAAAACUUAUUCCAAAGAGGUUGAAGUGUAUCCGUUGCAAUUGAUUGUUAAAGAAGUUACGAACAAGGAUCCUAGAUUUACUACGAGACCACCAUUACCUAUUGACGAGGAAUUUCCAUUGGGCUCACAAGUUGUAUUUUUGGGUGACAUGGCGUAUGGUUCACCAGCAAGAGUUGUUGGGUAUUCGGGUGACAAAUUGAACGUACAAAUCUUUAAGAUUCAAUCCUCUGCUGAGCCAAAUAUUGGUAAGCGCAGGCUGAUUGUUGAGUCAAAGGAAAUUCAAUACCUCCCCUCAUUUGAAGUGAGCAAAGCACUCCGUAUCAACCCUUUAUUGUUGUCGAAAAUCACUAGUCAAUAUAUGAUUCGCGAUGGAAACCAGAAAACAAAUAUUGGAUUGGAGUUGAAAUUUGAAAGCAAGCGUCAAAAAGUGUUGGGAUACACAAGGAAGCUGUAUAAUGGAAAAUUUUGGGAAUUUUCCCCAUUGGCUAUGAACUUGAUAAACACGUACAAAACGAAGUUUCCUCAAUUAUUUGCUGCAUUAUCUAAAUUGGACGGAUCCGAUAUGCCUCAAGCAUCUCAAUUAUUGACACAAGAUGAAUUGAAACUGGUCAGGAAAUGGUUAAAGGAAGUAAAGGAGGAUUUCAUUCCAGUUUCCCUUGAAAGUCAAUCAUUGACAAAGUUCAGCUUUGCUGCAAUUGAAAAUUACAUGGAUUCUUAUAUCGCAAAUCCAGUUCCUUUAUUGAACAAGGACAUUAGAGGUGUACCACGUAAUGCGAUUUUGAAUGCAAGUGAUUCGUACCAAUUAUUAAGUGAACAAAAAUUUGACUUGGGUGACAGAGUAGUUUAUGUUCAAGACCAUGGUAAAGUUCCUAUCUUAUCAAAAGGUACUGUUGGCUCUAUAUUCACUGCGGGAUCCAAGACUUCUUUGGCAAUUAUUUUUGAUACGCCUCAAUUGAGUGGAAGCAAUAUGAAUGGGAAGCUUUCGAGUAAUAGAGGUUUGCUUAUUGACUCGUCCUUGGUUUUGAACUUGACCAACAGACAAUUUAUUUUCCACUCUCGUGCGUCUCAGAAUCGUAAGCCAUUAAGCUAUGAAGAAAAACAGGCCAAGAUCAAGGCACUCGAGAAUAGAAAGAAUGGAACACAACCACAAGCUAAUGUUGCAAAAACAUCAGCUGGUCGUCCUAACCAACAAAGCAACACAAAUAACUCCAAUGGCAAGCAACAAGCUUCCAAGGUCAAAUUCGCUGAAAAUGCCAAAUCCGCAAAGUCUUUGAAAUCUAGCAAGUCUAAUAACAAGUCUAAGAAGGGCGCUGAAUCUGUUGAAACCCCUGAAACUGUUAAGUCCAUCAAGCAUUCGGAAUCAAAGCAAAAUGUAAAAGGAUCAAAUGAGUUGUUAUCUUUGUUAAAGAAAAAGCCAGUGGAUAACUCCAAUGGUUCUGAGAAAUCUGAUGUAAAGAAAAAGCAAAAAGAUGAAGAACAAUCAGAUGAAAAAGAUGAACGCAGACCUAAUCCUGCGGCUAUAAAUCAAAUAUAUGGCCACAUUUUCUCGAAUGUAAUGAAUGAAGGAGCAAAUCCUGCAAUCGGUGGGUACAACCAAGGAGUACCACUUCCACAAUCUCAGUAUAUGCAACGGCCUUUACAACAACCACAACUUCAACCACAACCACAACCACACCCUCAUCCUUCUCAAUUCCCUCAGGGUUAUGUUCCACCUAACUAUGGGUACCCCCCACAGUAUGCUAACAUUCAACCACCAACAGCUUAUCAACCACAGCAAGUUUCUCACCCUGCACAAUUUCCAUCUCAGCAUUUGAGCGGGAGUGAAGAACACGAUACUAAGUCAACGUUGGGUGAUUCGGAGCUGAAGCGUGAACCAAAUGCAAUUGAUAGAUUCUUGCAAAGUGCUAAAAAGGCUGAGAUGAAUGUUAAAAAAGAUGUCGAAGCAGGUGUAGAGAAGUUAGAAGGAAAGGAAUGA